GCAUCUGCUCCAUUGAAACAAAGCCAGAAGGAGGAAGGAGUCCAUUCGGGACCCCUAUCCUUCUUCCUCUUUCCGAUUCAUUCAUUCUGUUCUAUUUCACAUAUAUAUUUGUGAAUUGAACCAUGAGGAAGCUGUGUCCGAAUUUUGACAAAGAAAAUGGGCUGGAGACAGUGCUGGAGGUGCCCAUUCCAGAGGAGAUGUUCAAGAGCAUGGGCAGCAAUGUAGCCCUGAGAUGGCAGAACAUGCGUGCUUUCAUGAAGGGUCAACGUAUAGAUAAGGCUUCCCGCCUGUCGGAUGGAUGUGGCCCUGAGUUUCGGUUAUUGCUUAAACUUGUUGGCUCUCCUCUUAUCCCCGUUCAGGUUCCCUUGGAGUAUGGAGCUACUUUCCCUAUCAAAGAUUGUUCUAUUGAAGCUUCGACGGCAAAGUACAUAGUACAACAAUACAUAGCGGCAACGGGAGGGUGGGCAGCAUUAAAUGCAGUGCACAGCAUGUACGCGGUGGGGCAGGUCAGGAUGAUAUCAUCGGAUAUGAGCGAGGGCGAGGAAAGAGUCGACCCCAAAGGCAACGGUGAGGUUGGUGGGUUCGUCCUCUGGCAAAAGAAUCCCGACUUGUGGUACCUUGAACUCGUUGUUUCCGGUUGCAAGGUCAGCGCCGGUAGUGACGGAAAAGUAGCCUGGGGUCAGACCUCCUCUCAAGCGUCUCACGCUAACAGAGGCCCUCCAAGGCCUUUGCGCCGCUUCUUUCAGGGGUUGGACCCCAGGUUUACAGCCAACCUAUUCCUAGACGCAGUGUGCAUUGGAGAGAAGACCAUCAACAAUGAAGACUGUUUCAUUCUGAAGAUGGAGACGAGCGCCAGCGUCCUCAAGGGGCAGAGCACGCCCAAAACGGAAAUCGUUCACCACACCGUGUGGGGAUACUUCAGCAUGCGAACCGGGCUGCUCAUACAGUUCGAGGACACAAAGCUAGUAAGAAUGAAGGCUGUCAAGGGAGAAGAGAGCGUGUUCUGGGAAACGAGUCUGGAGUCCGUGAUCGAGGACUACAGAUACGUGGACGGCAUCAAUAUAGCCCACGGCGGUAAGACCACUGCGACUCUGUACAGAUACGGAGAGGCGUCAAACCACAAGAGAAGGAUUGAGGAGACGUGGGGCAUUGAAGAGAUUGAUUUCAAUGUAUGCGGUUUGACGAUGGAGUCCUUUCUGCCCCCUGCUGAUCUCAAGAUAUAUCAGGACGGUGGGAAGUAAAAGCAAUUAGCUACGAUGGGAGAUCUAGUUUUUGUGUACAUACAGGUUUUAAUUCAAAAUAUUAAUUUUACAAAAAAAGUUUAAA